AUGAACAAUGUAAAAUGCGAUGAUACAGAUAAUUGUACUGCAUGCUAUGAUGGCUAUUACCCUGGCUCUGAUAAAGACUGCACAUCAAAGUGUUUACCCGGAUGUAAAACCUGCACGUCAGGAACCACGUGUACAUCGUGCAAAGAGGGAUAUUAUAACGCUGAUGGUCAAAAUAAUUGUAACUGUACUGAAAAUUGUAACUGUGAAAAUAAUCAGUGUGUGUCAUGUAAAGACGGAUAUUAUGAUACCAGUAAUUCAUGUAAUAGCGUAUGUCUAGAUAACUGUGUCAAUUGUACAUCGAAUACUGAUUGUGGAUUGUGUAAGGAUGGUUAUUAUAAAGGUUACCAGAAGGACAACAUUAAUUUCCCUUUGUUGAACGACUGUACAUACAAAUGUCGAGAUAACUGUGUACGAUGCUCGUCAUAUGACAGUUGCUCGGUUUGUAAAACUGUUUUUUAUGGACCAAAAUGUGAGAAAAAUUGUUCGACUGGUUGUUUAUCAAACACUUGCGAUACGCUAACUGGAAAAUGUGAUUGUUCUCCUAAUUACGCUGGUGUUAGAUGUGACAAAUGUAAAACCGGAAAAUAUGGAAACAUGUGCGAUCAACAAUGUCCUGCAGGAUGUAAAGGUGGCGUGUGUAAAACGUAUUCCGGAGAUUGCACAGACGGAUGUACUUUAGCUACAAUCGUUGGUGAUAAAUGUGACGUUUGUUCAACAGGCUGGUAUGGACAGAACUGUAGCAUAUCUUGUUCCGUUGGCUGUAUUAAACGGCAAUGCGAGAAAAGUAAUGGUAAAUGCUCAAAUGGAUGUCUUGAUAAUUUUGCAGGAGGACAGUGCAAUCGGUGUAUAACUGGCAAUUAUGGAUAUUUUUGCAACAGUCACUGUCCAGUCAAUUGUGACAAGAGUGGCUGCUUGAAAGACUCUGGCAAUUGUAUUUAUUGCAAUGAUAACUUUGCUGGAGGGAAAUGUGAAAAAUGUGCUGUUGGUUAUUAUGGUUCACGUUGCUCUGAAAGAUGCCCGUCUAAUUGUUUGAACAGUGUAUGUGAUAGAGAUACAGGCACGUGCUCUGAUGGCUGUGUAGACAAUUAUUCUGGUGACAGAUGUUGUAUAAAUAAUAGCAACUGUAUUACAUGUUUGUCAGAUACUAGAUGUGUACAAUGCACGUCUGGAUACUUUAAUGACCAAUGUGACAAGCAAUGUCCAAAAAACUGUCUUAAGUCCUGUCAUAUCGUAACAGGUCUUUGUGACAGUUGCAAGGGUAACUUUUAUGGUGAUAGUUGCAACUUUUCGUGUGCCCCUACAUGCAAUGUACAAACAACGGCAUGCGGAAGUAUAUGUCAGCAGACAGAUGGUAAAUGUCUGUAUGGGUGUGUUGAUGGUUUCCAUGGUUUACAGUGUUCUGAGAUAUGUUCCGCUUAUUGCAAUGAUACACUUUGCAACCAAAUCACUGGCAAAUGUACAAAAGGUUGCAAAAUUAGAGUAAAUAAUGACCUUAUUUGCCCGCUUGAUUCAGGUAAGAUUUUUUGUUAAAUGUUCGAUUUAGCAUCAUAUAUUUGUAAACGUUAUGUCUGCUAUUCUUGUAUUUUUCUCAAAUCAAACCGAGUCUGCAAUUUUCAUGAAUUUUAAUUUGUUUUUAGUGCUUCCGAGGGAUCACAACAUUUUCAGAAUUUGAUAGCUAUGUAUUACAUUAAUGCCAUAUUAUGUUGCCUCUGUAUAAUUGUAAUGAUGAUGGUGAAGAGGAAUACCGCUGCUGCUGCUGCUGCUGCUGAUGAUGAUGAUGAUUUUUACUGAUAAGAGAAAUUAAAGUAACUGCGAGAAUAAUUAUAAACGUGCUUUUUAAGAAUGGAAUAUGUGAAAAAACCAUAUAAAUACAAGAUAUAAUAAUAUGCCCCGAUAAAUAUAUAGAGAUACCCCAUUAUGAACUUUAAAAUAUGUCUUUUAUUAUACCCAUGUAUCAUGUUUUUAUUUCUAAGGUCAUAUCAUUGUGUUAAUUACCGAUGAUUUUACGAAAAUAUUUAAUACAGUUCUAUACCGAUGUUUUUUUUUGUUUGUUUGUUUUUUUUUAAAUAAAAUUUUAGACUCGAGUUCAUCAGAUCAGUCAGUAAAUACAGCUGUUGCAAUACUUGGGACUGGUUUUGCUGUGUCGGUAGUUGUAAUCAUCAUACUUGUGGUUACGUUGAUUCUCUGGAAAUGCCGGAAAAGGGCCAAUGAUAAUAGCGAGACAAUGGGACCACUCCAUGAAAACGCUGGCAUCGAACUUCUUCAAUUUGGAAAUUCAGAAAACGCUGGCAAUGUCAGAAAUCAUGAAUUUGUUCUAGAAUCAAACAGUGAUGUUGUGUUAGGAUCAGAUCACGAUUUUCAGAAUCUUGGGAGAGUUCAAGUAUCUGAGCAUGAAUGUCGACAGAAAAAUUUGGUUUCUUUGAUGUAAUUGUAGCAGUUAGCAUAAACAACAACAACAAUCAAAAGUGUCACGUCAAUGCACGUGAUAGAGUAACAAGUGUAUUCAGUUUCAUUUUUUGUAUAGUGCUGAAUAACUGUCUGAUGUUUUAAUGUGUUCAGCAGCCUUCGGUUUUUAUGUUUUCGAUAGGUUUCCUGCUUGUUUAUUUAUUUUAUCGACGACAAAUUUCGAUUUAUCUAAAAAGAACAUAUCUAACCUUAGAAAAGCUGAAGGCCGCUUUUACACUUUUGUACAUAUUUGUAUAAGACACAAUUAAACAUUUAACUGUAUGUUGAUAUUUUGACAUCCGCACUUUUGAAGUUAUAUCAGUUAAUAAAACGAAUGUGCGUCCUUAUAUCUAUAUAAUGAUAAUCAUAUCUCAUUCAUUUUGUUGAAGGUAUACUAUGCUCACUCUUGAGUAAAAUAUUUCAAACAAGUCAUUUAUUAAAUCUAUUAAGUUAUUACUGAAUAUGACCGUCUAAUUUGAAUCAAAAGUGAAAAAUAUAUGUAUUGAAAGUCACGCAUCCAGAGUUAGUCUUUUCGUACACUCAGAAAAGGGAAAAAACUGCCAGUAUUUUAACGACAUUUUAUAUUUAUAUAGUGACCACCUAUAUAUAGUGUGUAGAGAUUUUAAUAUGACAAAGAAGUAAACUCAUGUUUAUUUUGUAUUUAAAAGAGAUUGUGUAGUAGUUAUCAAUAUUUUCUAAUAUAAAAUUUCAGCACUAGAUAUUGUUAAAUUAAAUGGCUUAUAAAGUGCAUGCUCCACACAUUUUCUAUAAUGUUGACAUUAUAUGAUAAAAGCGGUUUUUGUCAGUUAUCAUAAUCAUACUUACUGCCAUAUGUACGUAUAUUCCUUUAUAAGUUUUGACAUACAUUUUGUAAAACGAUGCCUGUCAUUUUCAUGUAAUAAGAGCAAAAUAUAUCAAGUUGAAGUAUAAAUCUAAUCGUUCAACAAAACGAAAAAAAAGGACUUUUACAAGCAAAUAAAAGUUUUUAACACUAAGCACACGUAAUGUAAUUUAAAAAAUGAGAUAGAAAUAGUAAAAGAAAUUUAAAGAUAAGAAUCUUUUCAAGUUUAGUUUGAUCAAGCGUGGUCAGUGGCGGUAUUGUGGGUAAAAAAUACCAACAAUGCCCAGCAGAUCAGAUGAAAUAUUGUUAAUUUUCUCAUGAACAGAAAUAUGCUAAUACUACCGAUAUUAUUUAUGCUUUAUUUUCAUUAUUAUUUCUAAUAUAAUUUCUCAGUUUUAAAGCCAUAAAAAGUAUGCUUGUUGCCGUAAUUAAUUCACUGUGUUUAGUUUUUGUUAAUUUAUGGAUAUCAAUGGUUUUCCAGUUUUAUCGCAUAAACAUCUUGUGUUAUCAAUAUAUAGUCUAACAUUGUAAUAUGUUUUUAUUUCAUUAUAACUCGAUUUUGGAGUGGCUGUUUACUUUAUACUAUUUAUGAACUUUUAACGCUGUGUAUAUAGUGUCUGUACAAUGAUGAGAUGUAAAUAAAGAUUACUACUACUA